ACAAACAACCUCAUGACCCUUUGAGGCCGGCAAAACUCGAGAAAGGGCCCUUGGGUCUGGACUCCACAGAAGGUCCAGCAGACUGAGAGGACUUCAAGGAAGGAUCCCAUACUGAAAGCCUCCUCCCAGACAGGGGGCUCUCCAGACUGAGGGGCCAUCACGCAGGGGUCCCUGAGACUUCGAAAGGAUCCCCAGACUGUUAGCUCCGUGAGGACACCAGCUCUAGCCCCAGGGUCAUAAUGGCAGCUGAGCCACUGACCGAGCUGGAGGUGGCCAUCGAGACAGUGGUUACCACCUUCUUCACCUUUGCAGGGCGGGAGGGCCGGAAGGGCAGCCUCAGCAUCGAUGAGUUCAAGGAGCUGGUCACUCAGCAGUUGCCUCACCUGCUCAAGGAUGUGGGCUCCUUAGAUGAGAAGAUGAAGAGCUUGGAUGUGAAUCAGGACUCAGAGCUCAAGUUCAAUGAAUACUGGAGACUGAUUGGGGAGCUGGCCAAGGAGCUCAGGAAGGAGAAGGUCCUGGAGAUCCGGAAGAAGUAAAGCGGGCUGGCCGGGAUGGAGGCAGGCAUGGCAGGUCUCUGUGGAACCCUACUCCCCCCCAAAUAAAGUUUCCUCCUUGAAA